UGGACCUGGUGACCCGGGGAAGCCAGCGAUUAUCGCCCUGGAAGCUUCUGUUCUUUCAUUAAAAACCCCGAUGUUUAUCUCAACCAAGUCCAGGAACUGGAUGUAUAUGAAUAAGACACUGCUCCUGGCCAGGGUGGUCAAGAGACUUAGUGUGGAGUUUACAAUAUUUUAUACAUUAAUAGCAUUAAUUAUCUCUACCAUAUACUACACUUUCACAUCACCUAUUUCAAGUUUAGGUGUUUCUGGCCAGUCCUGGUGCUCUUGGAUAUCCCUCAACCCAGCUGUGCUGCCCAACCCCAGAUGCUCUUGAGCAUAUCCUCAAUCCAGCAGAAUUUUGCUCAACCGUGAAUGCUCUUAGAAUGUUAAUUCUUCAACCCAGCAGGUUUUAAUUCUGGAUGCUCUUGGGCUCUCUUAUCCCUCAAACCAGCAGAAGUUUUAGGGUUCCCUUUUGUCUCGUUUCCUAGUGGAUUUGGCUCGGAAACUCCUCUGCUCCCUUGCUCCGAGGGGUCCAGCCCCUCUCUGAGACCCAGUCCCAGUUACCCCGGGGGAUUCUCUCACUCCUCUUCUCACUCGCUGUGUCUCUUUACUGGCUGCUUCCCUCGAGGAAAGUUGGAAACGCAGCGUGGGAGACUCCAGCACUCACUUGGCAGGUCUGGGACAACCAGCCCUCCUCUCAUUCACACACAUUCAUCCCCCUGUACCUGCCCCCCUGAGAAAUACUUACCAAUCCCUUUUUCUUCCCGGGUUCUUCGUGCACAUUACUACUCUUAGGGGGCCAAUUACCGUGGUUGUAGGGAGCCUUUUCCCUUCUCUUUGUUUUAUUGUCUCCUUUUGUCCACCAUAACCUGCGUCUGUCGGUCGCCCCAGGGGAGACAGAGCGAGGCUGCCAACGGGGCAGGGCGCGCCUUCCCCACUCUGACUCUCCUAAAGCACCGGCAGCGAGGUGUUAGUAACCAUCCUCUGCUACCAAAUUGUGAAAAACGCCAAUCACUUGCUUUUAAAAUUUUAAAAGUUUAAUGGUAAUAAAAUGAUUAUAAAAAUAGUAAUAAUAUUAGAGUAAUGACAAUUGUGACAAAUCCAAUUAGGACAAUAUGAGACAACAAAUACAAAGAGUUACGGACAUCCGGGGACCUUUUUCUGGGAAGCAUUUUUCUGGGAAGCACGAGCCCGAAAAAGGACACCUGUUAACACAGGAUUAACCAUUAAAAACAAUAGCCUGUUGCAUAUUCAUACACCUCAUACAUGAUGCAUAAAUUCCAUUCAAACACAGGAUUCUGUCUGGUCAGUGUCAACUUCUUCCUCUGAAACCUAACAGCAGCUUCGAGGCACGAAGAAGUUAUUUCUUCUGACAAGAGAGCACUAAAUUCUUUUUCCCUGAAAGAUUUAGGUGUCCUGUGGCUGCUAUCUCGCUGCAAGUCCUUUUUUUAAAAAAGUCUCUUACCAAGCAUAGUUUCUAUUUUAACAUUUUUUUAAUAACCUAAAUCUAUAUUUAACCAACUAUUUAAGAGAAUUAAUACAGCAGUACUUUCUAACAUACGACAUAUAAUAUUCAUUUUAAUAUUUGCGAAAACCCAAUCACAAAAUAUGCAUUUUUUAGAAGUAUAAUCCCACUUACUUCCAGUCUCUCCCAGUUUGGUCCAAGCUGCCACCAGCAUGGUUCCAGUGACUUCCUCAAUCAACUCAAGCAGGAGCUGAGCAUGGAGAGCAGGGAGGACAAAUGCCCGCGGCAGAACCUGGUGGAAGAGGCCGUUUUGAGCGGCUCCACGGCGCAGGAAGCCAACGGGGAGGAAAAGCCCCGGAGAUGCCGCACGAGGAGGGGCUGCAAACGCAGCCGGCGGGGAUCUGAGGGGGAAAGAGCCAGCCUGGGCCGGGAAGGCGGCCGGAGACGGAGCCAGAGCUCGGAGCUGGUGCUCCAUGAGCAGCUCCAUGAUGGGGAGAAGCUCCACACGUGCGAGGAGUGUGGGAAGAGCUUCAGGUGGAACUGCCACCUGAUUGUGCACCAGAGGACCCACACUGGGGAGAGGCCCUACGAGUGUUCCAAGUGUGGGAAGAGGUUUAAGACCAGCUCCGAUCUCCUCCAGCACUAUUGGAUUCACAGAGAGGAGAGGCCCUUCCAAUGCCCCGACUGCGGGAAGGGAUUCAAGCAAAACUCCAACCUCAUCUCCCACCGGCGCAUCCACACUGGGGAGAGGCCCUACGAGUGUGAUAAAUGCAGGAAGAGGUUUCAGAACAGCUCCUGUCUCCUCCAGCACUAUCGGAUUCACAGAGAGGAGAGGCCCUUCCAAUGCCCCGACUGCGGGAAGGGAUUCAAGCACAACUGCACCCUCAUCACCCACCGGCGCAUCCACACUGGGGAGAGGCCCUACGAGUGUCCCCAGUGUGGGAAGAGCUUCUCCAGGAGCUCUCACUUGACCCGACACCAACGGAGGCUCCACUAAGGGAAGCCCUGCCAGUGCCCCAAGUGCGGGCAGAGCUUCGUGCGCUGCUCCAGCUCCAUCCCCCACUGGAGGAGGCACUUUGGGCACAGCCCUGGUCACUCACAUUCCCUGUGAUCCAUGUUGAGAACACACCUGGCUGCUUCGCCUUUUGCUUUGGCCUUAAUUUUCCUCUGCUUCACCUUCAUCCUUUAAAAACACCCAAAACUGGUUUAAAUGAAGGAAAUUUUUCGAAUAUAUCUGCAGUUCCAUAAUUUCUCAGUUGUUUUAGAGGGAAUUUAGAAUUUGAGGAUGUUUUCUGUGUGGAGUCCUGCUGUUGCUAAGAGGCAGGAAUUUGAUCUCCCCCUCCUUAUGAUGCUAAGAAAUCCUCCCCUGACCCCAACCCCAACUCCACCCUUGAGAUACCCUGUAAAAAUUCCAUGGCCCUGCCUUUCACCUGCCUUUGGGAGUUAAGAAAUGGAUUCCCAAAGGAUCAGCCCUAUUCCCACUGUAUUCCAAGAGGAUGAACCUGUUUCACUGGAUUCCCGGAGG